UGAUUUCAUACUGAACACAUCAUUCCCCACCAGCCGGUGAGUUCUUCGAGCACUGCGAAUCUGUGCCCCUCCAUGACACACUUCGUCACUACGUACUGCCCCUCUCUUUCUUUUGCCCACCCACCCACCCUUUUCCCUUGCACUGCAUCCUCCCUUCCCCACCCCCUCCUCUCACAUCGUCCUCUCAGAGUGGUUUCUCCCUAGCAACCUUGUACUCUCACCCGUUGCCCCUCCCUGCCCGAUUUAAAUCUCCAGCUCCGUAUUCGUCGCUCGGUAAAGGCCUGUUAGUCCAAAGCUAUUCCCAUCAUAAUUUAUUUCAACCUUCUUUCCUCUCCUCUCUUCCUCUUCUUCCUCUUCUCUUUUCUCUUCUCUUCUUCUUCUCCCCAUCCAAUCUUCAUCUCUCUAUCUCUCCAUUACUCAUCACCUUAACUAGUAAACCAUCAGACUUCAAAACGAUCACAAUGGGUGUCCUUGAGAAGCUUUCCCGCAAGUCCGGUGUCAUCGUCGGUGAUGACGUCCUCCGUCUCUUCGAGUACGCUCAGGAGAAGGGCUUUGCUCUCCCCGCCAUUAACGUGACCUCCUCUUCCACCGUCGUCGCUGUCCUCGAGGCUGCCCGUGACCAGCAGUGCCCCGUUGUCCUGCAGGUCUCCCAGGGUGGUGCUGCCUACUUCGCUGGCAAGGGUGUCAGCAACGACGGCCAGAAGGCCUCCAUUGCCGGUGGUAUCGCCGCUGCUCACUACAUCCGCAGCAUUGCUCCCGCCUACGGCGUCCCCGUUGUCCUCCACACCGACCACUGCGCCAAGAAGCUCCUUCCCUGGCUCGACGGUCUCCUCGAUGAGGACGAGCGCUACUUCAAGCUCCACGGCGAGCCCCUCUUCUCCAGCCACAUGAUCGAUCUGUCCGAGGAGCCCGUUGAGGAGAACAUUGAGACCACCGCCAAGUACCUUAAGCGUGCUGCCCCCAUGAAGCAGUGGCUCGAGAUGGAAAUCGGUAUCACCGGUGGUGAGGAGGACGGUGUCAACAACGAGGACGUUGACAACAACUCCCUCUACACCCAGCCCGAGGACAUCCUCGCCAUCCACAACGCUCUCGCCCCCAUCAGCCCCUACUUCUCCAUUGCCGCUGGUUUCGGCAAUGUUCACGGUGUCUACAAGCCCGGCAACGUCCGUCUCCACCCCGAGCUCCUCGAGAAGCACCAGGCCUACGUCAAGGAGAAGACUGGCUCCAAGAAGGACAAGCCCGUUUUCUUCGUCUUCCACGGUGGCUCCGGUUCCUCCAAGGAGGAGUACAAGCAGGCCAUCAGCUACGGUGUUGUCAAGGUCAACCUCGACACCGAUAUGCAGUACGCCUACCUCACCGGUAUCCGUGACUACGUCCUGAACAAGAAGGACUACCUCAUGAGCACCGUCGGUAACCCCGAUGGCGAGGACAAGCCCAACAAGAAGUUCUUCGACCCCCGCGUCUGGGUCCGCGAGGGUGAGAAGACCAUGAGCAAGCGUGUCCAGGUCGCUCUGGAGGACUUCAACACUGCUGGUCAGCUGUAAACGAAAAGAAGCUUAUUAAUGUUUCUCUGAUGUGAUGUGUUUUCGGAUUUGACGAAACCAGAUACCAAGUACAUAAAUUCAAAACAAUUUCUUCAUUAAUUCUUCGGAUGGGGAGGGGAGGUGUUUGAGUGAGCGUAAUAUGGAUUUGUGAUUUGUUGUUGAUGGGUUGAUGUGCGCGGGGUUGGAGUUGAUGAUGUAUGUAGUCGAGCUUCUUGACUUGUGAAGUAGGCUGAAAGAAUCACUUUCCGAUGGCUGAUUGCAGGGCGUGUAUAAAUCUGUCAUGAUUCAUCUCUCCUAUUCAUGAAUGGAUGUUGACUCAACCAUCUCAGAUAUCCUCGCAAGCCCUG